UAGGGAACGGAGAUGGCGGCGGGCAGGUGUGUUGUCUGCCGCAAAGUGAAGAAGUGAUUUCCUCCAUGACUCCUUGUUAUCAUCCAAUAAUCUUGGCCGGAUUAAUUUCGACAGGCCAUCAACUAGCAUGAGCACAAAUUGGCCGCUGGAUUGCAGUGUGCGAAGCGAUGACAUCUUUGCGCUCUCUUGCCGGGCGAUAAUUUUGGCAGCGAAAUCUCCUUGGAAAUCUUGGAAUGACAGCCGAACAGGACCUUAGAGAGCAGUCAAACGCCUCGGAAAUCGCGCUUCCUGACAAAUUAGCGAAAAUCAAAAAAGCCGAUGACUUCGCGGCCGUCAAAUACAAAUGGAACAGUAACGAGGAGGUUUUGUCACUGUUAACAAGCCUUAGCAACCAUGAAACCUGGGUGACAAGAACAGUUCCUGAUAGGCCUGAAAAUGGAUCAAUGUUUCUCUUUGAUCGAAGCAAGGUUAAGAAUUAUCGCAAGGAUGGUUACACAUGGAAAAAAAGAAGAUCAGGAAAUACAAUCAGGGAGGAUCACACAAGACUGAAGGUCGACGGAAUUGAGUGUUUAAGUGUAUUGUACACUCACUCUGCCUUGGUGCCGACAUUUCACCGUCGCUGUUACUGGAUGCUGCAGAAUCCAAAAAUAGUAUUGGUUCAUUACUUGAAUUUGGUGGAAGAAUGCAACAAACCCAUCACAGUUUCUGUGUACUCAUCGCCCAACAGCCGUGAUGACAUCUCACAACAACUGGAAGCCAUCUUAACAAAAAUCAGUUAUCAUUCAAAAUCUUCUAAAAUUUUGUGUUUUAAAUUUGGAUUCAAGGUAACAGAGGAAAGCCCCCCCGGAUCACCCUCAUCUUCAGAAGAAGGCGAGAACUCGUCUUCUAAAGGAAAACGACAGCGGAAAAGAAACAAGGUGGUUUACAAAAUCUCUUUUUCUCCAAACAAGAGUUUUCAGGCCAAAGUUCGGGCUGAAAAACUGAACAUAAAAGUGAUCAAAGUUACUAAGAAUAACCAAGGUCGUUUGACCGUGACAGGACACAGAGAAGGUUCGCCAUCUUUGGAAGAGAAUUUGUCUUACGAAGGGAAUGAUUCGGGCACAGUUGAUGACGUUAUGUGCCAGGCAGCCGUCACCCCUAGUAACGGUCACGUGUUCGUCACCAGUCCACCAAGCUUUUCACAGCACCAGCCUCUUAGAGACAUAUCUAUACUUUCGGUAGUGCCCAUGGUUACGCAUCCUUCGGUGUCCACAUUAUCGUACCAGGUACAAAACUCUCUCGGAGACAAAGGAUGUAGUGCAUCGAAUGUUCCCACCACAUCAAACUGCCAAUUUCUUCCAGAAAAUCACAUGUCAAAUGCGAUCCCUAUUAGUCAGUUCGCGGCAGAGACGAAUCACAACGCUGGCAUUCAGUGGAAUUCGAUCAUUUUAAAUCCUCGCGUGGCAGAGUUAGGUUCUAGUCCUUCUAGUGACUAUGGCAGCUAUAUGUCUGAUGCAGGCGCCCAGCUCAGUUUCUCAGGGUCAGAUUCCAUGAGCGCUGGUCUUCCUGCGCAAAAUCUCCAAGAUUCGGAGCAUGCGCUGUUUGACGGCCCUUUUCGUGUUCCUCUUCCCGUGGAACGAGAGUCCCGACAACAUUUUACCGAUUCAGCAAAAGGUGACGUAGGGGAAUCCGCACAGGACCAGGGACCGUUUUCGGGAAGGUCACAAUCAGGUGAAAAUGAGGUAUCCGUUGACAUGACUGAUUUGUCGCCCUUGGAAUCACUUGCGUUCGACAUGUUCGACUGUGACCUUAGCAAUGUGAUUCCAGAUUGCUUUACGGACUGCUUAAGCGCGUCGUCGCCCAGGCAAAGUAGCAAUGGUGUGACAGCCUCCAUUGAGAGCCAGAAGUCGUGUUAUGCCUCCAGUACCUGUACUACCUCGCAACUCUCUUCCCGUCCAUACACUUCCGCCAGCCAAGAUCAAACCUCGUCUUUCUCUCAGAUGACAACUUCCGGUCCGUCAUCUACGACGUCUUACGUAUUUGUGAAGCCUGUCAGCCCAGCGCGAUCCGCAGUGGUGACGUCAUGUUUCGUCGAGGUCAAUAAAAACACGCUGGAAUCAUCAUCCGGGACAGCUGUAAGCGAAGCUAGCACCCAGACUUCUCACAGAGGCAUUCAAGUUGGUUGUGAAGUAAACAUGGGAAAUGAUUCUAUUACUCAUACUGUUGCUCAACGAACGGUAAAUGAAGUUUGUCUUAAUCCUCCUCCUCUUCAUGGUUUGGCCCAGCAAACUACCACACCAACAACAAGUGACGUAAAUAACAAUUCCUCGCGCACACUCACUGUCGGCACAUCAGCCGACAAUUUCCCAACGCAUGUUGGGAAUCAGGUCGUUCCAAUCUCCGCGCGUAUCACCGAUUUUUCCCCCGAAUGGUCUUACCCUGAGGGUGGGGCUAAAGUGCUCAUCACUGGCGAGUGGAGGAUGGAACAAGGUUCAUACACGUGCUUGUUUGAUGGUUGUAGCGUGCCCGCGAUUUUGUACCAGUCUGGCGUUUUGCGUUGCUUCUGUCCUCCUCACGACCCGGGCCUGGUUACCUUGCAAGUCGCAUGCAAUGGUUUUAUCGUCAGCAACGCAUGUGUGUUUGAGUACCGCGCACGUGAUUCACCCGUGGUAGGAGCCAGCUGUCACGAGUGGCUCGCCACUGAUGAUGACCGGUUUAAGCUGGCGAUACUCGAUCGUUUAGAGAGAUUAGAGUCCAGACUCCACUCGAACCAGACGAGCAAUUCCGCAAAUGGUACACAACACGGAAAACAGUGCACGACUUUUGAAGAUCGACUCAUCGUCGCUUGUGAAAUCUUCCACCGACCCACAAGCUCUGCUAUAAACGCCCCCAUGAACGCCCCCACAAAGGGGGAGAAACCAUUCAGAGGAAUGACUUUGCUACAUUUAUCCGCUGCGCUGGGUUUUAACCGGCUGAUAUGCACGCUGUUGAAGUUAUGGCAUGUUAGCGAAAGCCAACUUGUCAGAGAGGAAAUGAAUCCGCUUAGGAAGGACGAAUUUGCCUGCACUCCGCUGACGUGGGCAUGCGCUCUUGGUCGGACCGACACUGCCCACCUGCUGUUGGAGACCGAACCUAAAGCUCUAUUAGAGCCCGAUGCGCGAGGACGUAUGCCUCUGCAGCUAGCCAGGGAUAGAGGCUUCUUAGACGUGGUGGAUCUAGUUGAAGAUUAUGUGAUGUCCUCUCCAUUCAAUGGUUCAGUUCUCGGUGUGGAUUCUGACGGGACUCCAUCACCCAUGGGUUCAUCGUGUGAGGACUCCCCACGAACUCCUGUCUCGGCCCCUAAUUCUUCCUCCUUGUUACCAAUCCCUGUGGAUGCAGACAUGGUUGACCGAGCAAAUUCGCCAAUGGUUGUCGAUGAAAACGAAGAAGUAGAGCCUCAAUUAAAUAGAAAACGGGCUCGAACCCUGGCAAAAACCUUGGUGCAUAUACAUUCGAUGAUAAACGAGGCAGAACAUGAGGCGGAGCUAAAUCACCGAAUAUCUGCUCAUUUAUCUCCAUUACACGAGAACUCCGAACUCAUUACAUCCGGGUCUUGGGGCGCAGCAGCGAGGUUGCGCACGUUCAGCUCGGCCUCGUCCCAAUCUUCCCCUUUGACGCCGUGCUCCUCCAAGUCGUCCCUCUCCCCAGGUUCUCCCGUAUUUCUUAACUCACCCCAUUCUUCUCCUUCUGGACCAGACACGACUGAAUUCCAGGAGUUUAUCUCAAGUUCUCGUAAACUGUUGGAAAGAGAUUUUUCGGAUCUCACGUUAACAGAUCGUGAACAGUGGGAACUCUACGAAGCGGCCAAGAUCAUCCAGAACGCCUACAGAAAUUACAAGACGAGGCGUCACCAACAGGAGCAGGAAAUAGAGGCCGCCAUAUUGAUUCAGCACCAUUAUCGUAGAUAUAAAGAGUUCAUCGCUUUCAAGAAAAUGACCCGCGCAGCUCGGAUAAUUCAGAACCAGUACCGCACAUACCGUGAACACGAACGAUUCAAGAAGAGUCGACGGGCAGCCGCCAUUAUUCAGAAUAGUUUCAGAAGUUAUCGGGAAAGAAGGCGCUCUUCACAGAGGCGGCGGGAAGAGAGAAUAAACAAACGGCAGGAGGCACGCUACAUGCAAAAAGCAUCCAAAAGAUCCAAAGAUAACACGCAUAGUCAAAUGUAACAAUUUCAUUAUGGGGAAUAUGGAAUAGCAGGGUUCUGGUUUCCAAUUUCCCGACGGUGUUCAAAAGAUUGACCAAGAGAUCCAGAGCGUUACUGGUGGAAAGGGAGUGAGAUCAUUAAUUACCUCCUUGACCAAUUUAGUAGAGCCUUUGCCAAAUAUAAUUACUCUUACUCGAAUAAUUUAUUAAUUUGAAAUUGCGGAAGAGAGGUUUACCCUUUUCUGCGGAAUUUUUCUAAUUUAUGUAGAUAUUUAUUCAUGCGAGCGCGAGUAAUUAAUUUAUUAAUUCUUUGAAAAUGUUCGCGAUAGUCGUUUCUCACCUCACCUUCCCCUCCCCUCCCCUCCCCUCCCUCCCACUGACCGUGGCGAAACGCGGAAACCUUUUCGUCAAAAUUUUGAUUCUUAGAGUUUACGAGAAGUGAUAAGUGUAACUCUUAAGUUGUCACGUGGUAUCGAGAGUGGUCAGUUUGGCCAAAGGCACGUUUGCUUGUUCACGUGAUGAGUAGCAAAGUAAUGCGCAUGUACACGCGACGUGGGCUUUUCAAGUCGGUGCUGGAAUAAUUUCUUUUCAAGGUGUAUUUUUGUGUUAUUUUUUUUAAGACUAGCACAUUGUUUAGUAUAAAUAAUUUGUAGUGCAUGCAAUAGACGAGAAUAUUUAUUGACUUAAAUGCUAAUAUUAAGUCUAUAUAGUGAUUUGGGAAUGAGUGAUAUCAUUUAUCAGGAUGCUUAGUUCAGAAAAAUUCCAUUUGACAUGUUGUCAUACAUGCCUUGAAUUAAUGAUAAUUUUUUGUUAGUUUUUCAUCCGAUUGUUUUAGAGAGAGGCGCGAGUUUUCUGGACCAAACACAGGUCUAAGUAAAGCAAAACCAGUGCAAUGUCAGAUUUCUUUUGAAGAUCAAUUCAAAAUUGCUGUAUCCUAAAAAUUCCUCAACCCUUUAAUUCCUACAAGUGAUUAACAUAUAACUUCUCCCUAUAAUAUUCCUACAUUAUCGAGUAAACAGGUAAUGAGAAUACUCCAACU